UGAGCUCAGUUUCCUGAAGUGUUUCACAAUAGUAUUCAACACUUUCUUUUCAUUAGAAACCCAAUAUCAGUUUUCAUUACAACAAAAGACAAAAAAGUUUUUUUUUUUUUUCUAAUACUGGAUUUUCCCAGUGACCAGUAGCAAUGAAUAUAAAUAUGCCCAAGAUCAGGGAUUCCUGCAUCUCAUUCUGCUCUCCAGCCCUCUGGCCAGCAACUAUUUUGAAAGAGCAAAGGUGGGGAAAAAAAGAGAAGGAAAUGAAUUAUCUUCGGGGAUACUCUCUCUUGGCAGCGGCAGCCCUGACAUUGCUCCUCGGGACCAAAGCAGUCCCCCUCCCAGAUUCCUCCGGGGAAGAGGAACUUGUUGAUGUUCCCUCGGACUCGCUUGCCAGAAGCCCCUUGCUGCCUGAUUGUGAAUCCCUGGCCUGGCUGCUGCACAGCAAGGCGGCCAAGCUGAAGGACGAGAUGUGUGAGAAAUUUACUGUGUGUGACAGCAGUAUGGAGAUGCUUGCCCAAAACAAUCUGAACCUCCCCAAGAUCACAGAGGAAGAUGGAUGUCUACUCUCUGGAUUCAAUGAGGAAAAAUGCUUGAGAGGAAUCUCCAGUGGACUUUUUACAUUUCAGACAUACCUGGAAUAUGUACGAGAAACAUUUAUUAGUGAAAAGCAAAAAGUGGAAUCCAUAUAUUAUGGUACAAAGCAUCUGGCAAAUAGUGUGAGGCAGAUGGUGAAAAAUCCUGAUGCAGUGAUCAUGCCAGACCCAGCUACCCAGAGCACACUUUUUGCAAAACUGAAGUCAAAUAAAAAAUGGAUAGAGAAAAUCAGCACCCAUCUCAUCCUCCGGGACUUUACUUCAUUCAUGGAGAAAACUGUGAGGGCUGUUCGAUAUCUGAAAAACACCAGGAAUGUCAGUGUUUGA